CUGAAGGCAGAUCCAGAAGAAUUGUUUACAAAACUGGAGAAAAUUGGUAAGGGCUCUUUUGGUGAAGUUUUUAAAGGAAUUGACAAUCGGACUCAGAAAGUGGUUGCUAUAAAAAUUAUUGACCUAGAAGAGGCAGAAGAUGAAAUAGAAGACAUCCAACAAGAAAUCACAGUGCUGAGUCAGUGUGACAGUCCAUAUGUAACUAAAUAUUACGGAUCCUAUUUAAAGGAUACAAAAUUAUGGAUUAUAAUGGAAUAUUUGGGUGGAGGCUCUGCCCUUGAUCUAUUAGAACCUGGCUCGCUUGACGAAACCCAGAUUGCUACAAUAUUGAGGGAGAUACUCAAAGGACUUGAUUACUUGCAUUCAGAAAAGAAAAUCCACAGAGAUAUUAAAGCUGCUAAUGUAUUGCUAUCUGAACACGGAGAAGUAAAACUAGCAGAUUUUGGAGUAGCUGGACAACUAACAGAUACACAGAUAAAGAGGAAUACUUUUGUGGGAACACCAUUUUGGAUGGCACCUGAAGUAAUAAAGCAAUCGGCAUAUGAUUCAAAGGCAGAUAUCUGGUCAUUAGGCAUAACAGCCAUAGAACUUGCAAAAGGAGAACCACCUCAUUCAGAAUUGCAUCCAAUGAAGGUUUUGUUCCUCAUUCCUAAGAACAAUCCCCCAACACUGGAAGGAAACUUCAGUAAAUCCCUCAAGGAAUUUGUUGAGGCCUGCUUAAACAAGGACCCAAGCUUUAGACCUACUGCAAAAGAGCUCUUAAAACACAAAUUUAUUUUACGAAACUCAAAGAAAACUUCCUACCUGGCUGACCUUAUCGAUAGGCACAAGAGAUGGAAAGCUGAGCAAAGUCAUGACGACUCCAGUUCUGAUGACUCAGAUACUGAACAGGAUGGCCAGGCUUCAGGUGGGAGUGAUUCAGGAGAAUGGAUCUUUACAAUAAGAGAAAAAGACCCCAAGAAUCUAGAGAAUGGAGCAGCCCAGCCUUCGGAGUUGCAAAGAAAUAAGGAAAAGGAUAUCCCAAAGAGGCCUCUGUCCCAAUGCCUGUCUACAGUUAUAUCCCCUUUAUUUGCAGAGUUGAAAGAGAAGAGUGAAGUGUGUGGUGGUAACACAGAUUCCAUAGAAGAACUGAGACAGGCUAUUUAUUUAGCUGAGGAGGCUUGUCCAGGCAUUGCAGAUAAUUUGGUGUCGCACCUUGUGCAGAGGCUUCAGAGAUACUCACUAGCUGGAGAAAGUACUUCAUCCUACUGACCUCCUGUUCCUGACUUUUCUAAGAUAACAGAAAUCCCACAGUGUCUGCAGUGAAGGCGUACACCCUGAUGUUGUUCUGCUCCUCAGUCAUUGGAAUGUCCUUUGGUGGAAGGACAUUCCUAAAUGUACAAGAGUGAAAAGGAAGUCUCUCGGAUGGAGGCAGUCCUUUUCAGCUCCUUAAAGCUAUAAUUUUUUUAAAAAUGAUAAUGCACAUAUUCCAGGGAGGUGACUUUUUGUAAAAUCUGAAAUGUAUAUUUAGGUUUGUGAUAGAGAAAUUGAAGAUAUUGAGAAACCUCAGGUAUCUUGCUUUAAGAAUUCCACUGGGAGAUGGCGUAUGUUGGAAUCGUGUACAGAUAUGUAUAUAAUGUCUUUUAUAACUGAAAGCCUUUCAAUGUGGAUAAGGAAUCACUGUGUACAAAAUGGUAAAGUGCUUUUGUAGAUAAUGUUAGUGGGAUAAAUAUUUGACGGGCCAUAAUUGAGUAUUGCCUUGCCUUUAUUACAUGUAAAUUUUGAAUUCUGUGAUGUGACUCU